GAAGAACUAGGGUUUUGAAUUCUCCUCGUAACGAUGAAGAAGAAGAAACUCAAUAAUUCAUCGUCGCCGUCGUCGAACGGUGAUUUGGAAUCGUCGGAUUUUCAUACGGCGGUCGCUAGAAUCGCCGUCGCGCAGACCUGUCAGUCCGUCGGGUAUAGAGGUGCUGAAACCUCCGCACUCAAAACCCUAACCGACGUUGCCGUUAGAUACCUUCAAUCAUUGGCGAAGUCCGCCGCUACCUCCGCUACCUCCACCGGCCGUACGCAGUGUAACCUUCUCGACAUCGUUCGUGCAUUGGAAGACCUUCAUACUGAUUUAGGAUUCCAUGGAAACUCAGAGCCUAAAAGUCGACUGAAUUUACUCAGCGAUUCAUCGCUCCUCCGCGACACGAUGAAGUUUGUCUAUUGGACUCACGAAAUCCCGUUCUCAAAACCCUUGCCUCGCCGGUGCCCUGCACUUGCGUCAAAUCCACCGUGCUUUUCCAACGAGAGUGCUAAAUGGAAUCACAUUCCGAGAUGGUUGCCGGCUUUUCCUAAGAUCAACGACGGGGAAGAAGAAAAACCGGUUGUUGCUGCAUCAAGUGAAGUCGAAACCGCAUGGGAGAAGAAGUCGCGUUUGAUCAGAACAAGCAGCUGCGAAAUCAGCACGUUGCCGGAGAAAAGAAAAAAGGUAAGCUUUAAGAUCGGCGGUGGCGGUGGUGGUGGUAGGAAUGAAAUUGAAACGGGAAUCGGGUCAGAUUUGAGGAAUGGAGUUUGUAAAGCAGGGAAGAGAAUUUCAUUCCAAAUGUAUGAUGAUGAAAAAUCCCUAAACGCAAGUAGCAGAAGUAAUCAUGAUUCUAGACCAUCUAUGAAGAAGAAAUUAGAAGAAUCUUGUUCAAGAACAAAGGUGAUUCUGAUGCAUUGAUGUUCAAACACAAUGGCCGAAUUGAAGAUGGGUUUUGAAGACAAAUUGAUCUUCAAAUCAGAUUG